GAACAAAAAACAACAAAAUAUAGAAAUAUAUAUAGAUAUAAAUUAGUAAUGAAUGGGAAUGGAUUUUGGAACUCCCUGCACCGUCACUUUCUCCUGUUGCUGGUCAUGGGUCCGCUAGGAAUCCAAUCUGGCGGUGGCAAAGGCAAUUGUAGCCACCUUCGAGAUGUGACAUUAAAAUUUAUUUGCCAUAGCGUUGUACCGCCUCAUAUAUAUGCGAUAUAUCGCGACUCCCGGGCACCGAUAAACACACCGUAUAGCGUCUGGCAAACGGAGGCCACGGAUAAAGUCGAGGAUAUGAUUGUGCUGGUCACCUUCCAUGACAACUACAUGCAUCGCUUUGAGGCGAUGAGGGUUGCCCACUAUGAUCCCGCGGACACGCAGCACACCUUCAGCAUGCAGACGACGAGGGGAUUCAAACCCUUGAUCAUCAGUCCAUCACUCCUGUACUGCUUCCAUGUGGGUCUGCGGUAUCCGAUGGAGCUGCGGAGCAGUUGCCUUGGCAGUGGCCGGAGCACUGAGGUCGCCUCGAAGCCGGUUCUGCACUAUGCCAUGCACGACGUUAGAACACCCUCUAGGCUUUCAAACAUUGCAAAUACUCUUAAUCCCAGCGGAAUUGUUAUGAUUAUCGUCCCAACAUGGCUGCUUGUCGUCGUUGGCCUUUAGCCGUGCAUUCUUUAUAUUUUCUUUUGGCAAAAAUCGAAUUAAUGUGUAGGUCAAAAUUACAAAGAAAUGAAAGUGA